UUACUUCUGGUACUAUUUGCGGAGCGAAAGAAGCAUCAUGAAAUGUGUAAUUGUGUGUCUGCUGACAUUGGUUCCACUUGUGUUGGCUGGCAGUGCAUUAUCAAGUGACAAACAGCUUAUGUUUCUUCAAGCCUUUUGCCACCAGCAGCUAUGCAGCAGUAUGAUACUUUUUGACAUUACAGAUUGGUGGAAUGUGUCACUGAAAGAAUACCAGUUUGUCAAGUUCAUGUCAUUGAUAUAUCUGCGAAUUCUGGUCACCUCUACCCAGGUAUGGACCUCUUGUCAGCCACUCCCAGACAGUGCUGGCAAGACUCCACUUCUUGUCCUGCGAUACACUGCAUCCGCACAGCAUCAGAAAUUCCUUAAACAGUGUUCUCUGGAAGGGCAGUUUAGCAGAAGGAAUUUCUGGCUGUUCUUAACUUCCAGUUCACUUUCACCUCAGCUGUUGCACAAUCUCACUCACCUCAACAUCAGUCUUUACAGCAAUGUCUUCAUUGCAAUUCAUGACAAGGAAGAAAAUAUUCAGUUGAUGAAGAUAUAUACAUUGGGUCAGGACACCAGUCUUGAACAUCAAAUGAUUGGUGAAUGGAACAGUGACAAUUUAUUCCUACCACCAUUACCAUAUAUGUACAAUAAACACAGCCAUGGAAAUCUGCAGAGGUACCAACUUCAAGCAGCAACUGUAUUGAUUAAUGAAUUUUACACUCAAAUUGAGAAGAAUGGUGAUCAUUUUAAAGUAACAGGAGGAUACUUUGGUGAAGCAUUUAAAACUCUUGCAGAUAUAUUAAAUUUUACUUAUACUGUCAAAUACCUACCUGGUUAUUCCUAUGGGAACACACCUACUGACAACAGUUCAUCCUGGACUGGAUUGAUAGGUAUGAUUCAAAGAGAGGAGGCAGAUAUAUCCCUGUGUGAAGUAUCCAUUACAGCAGAUCGAUCAGAAGUCAUUGAUUUCACCUCUCCUCUCCACACAGCUGUGACACGGUUGUAUGUACAUGAAGGAAUAAAGGAGCCUUCCAUACACUGGUACUUCCGCCCAUUCAGUACCUCAACGUGGCUUGCUCUCAUUGUGGGACUCUUCUUGUUCACAUCCAUUAACACCCUACUCCAUUACAUCAUUUAUAGGCUGCUUGGGGCCAAAAGAAGGGCAGGUUUCCUCUCCAACCUUUUCACAGUUGUGACCAUCAUGUUGCAACAAGGGACAGACUAUCCUUCAAAAUUUUCCAUGAGACUAGUGCAGCAGUGUAGUGCCUUUUUGUUUCUGGUUGUGCAUAUUGCCUACAGUGCCAAGCUUACAUCACUUGCCACCCUGUAUACACAGCAGCCACCACUUCACAAUCUCGAAGAUGUUCUGAAGAGCUCCAGCUGGAAGUUUGGCAUUAUGAAUGGCAGUCUUCCCUUUAAUACCUUCAGGACUGCUGAACCAGACAGCAUGUUUGGUAAACUGUGGCAUCUUAAACUUGAACCAUUUCCUGAACAUCUCAUGCGCAGCUACAAGUCAGGGUUGUCUGCAACACUUGCUGGAAGUCACUUUGCAUUCAUGGGGCUAGAAGACUCUUGUCAAGACACACUGCAGCACAGCUUCACCUCUGUUCAGGCAUGCCAGAUCAUGGCUCUCCCUCAGAAAUAUUUACGUGGAGGGCUGAGUUUUGCACUGCAGAGGAACUCCCCAUACAAAGAUGUCAUUAACUACAGUCUUAUGAAAAUGAAGAGUAGUGGCAUACUUCAACGUCUAAAACUCAGAUGGAUGCCACAACCUCAACAAUGCAACAGGAUGCUUCAUGUUGUAACAGAAUGGGCAGAUAUUGUGGUUCCACUGAUAGGUCUCACAGCAUUGGCAUUAAUUUCAUUUUGUAUCCUGAUAACUGAGUUAAUACUACAUAAGUACAAACAGAACAGUAACAGCACAUCAAAAAAAUAGAAUUAUGAGUAUUAUGAAGUAAAACCUGUACAAACGUUACAAAAACAUUCCAUGAAACCCACUGGAAAUUUAUUUUGAGAAACUCAUACUACAUUAUAUGCAGUGUUAGGUCAAGUGUUUAAUAACCAGUCAUUAACACAUUCACAAGACAUCCUUUGAUAUAAAAUUAUUCUUUUUUACAAUAGAAGGGGAAAGUAACAUUACUACUUCCAAAAAUAAAAUAUUUGAGUACAGUUCUUUAGCAUAUCUCACAUCAUAGCUCACUUUAGGUCCACAGAACGUUUUUCUGGUAAAACUUGCAUUUUCAAUAAGUUUAUUCCCAAGAGAUCACUGAAUCAUGUGUUUCUUUAUCCAGUUUUGUCUCAAAUAUAUGAUGAGCCCUAUUGUUGAAUGAGGGAAAGAAUCUUGUUAUAGUUGAGUAUUUUUUUUAAUGCUAGUGGGGUGGGACUAAGUCCCUUGUACUGCGGCCACUUCUGGCCUAUUG